GUAUAAAAGUAGUUUUUAAUACAAAACAGAACAUUUUGUUGGUGCAACUGCCUUUUAACGGUUCUCUUCAAAUUCUAGUAUUCAACCAUGCAUUUCGUAAAAGACGACGUCGUUAUUUCCGGAGUUGGGGGCUACUUCCCCAAAUCCUUAAACAUCGAAGAGUUCAGAGACCGGCUCCUCAACAAUGAAAACCUCAUGGAAAGCCGUUGGAAGGCAGGUGAAAGAGGUGUUACAAACGUCAUCGGCAAAGUCCCAACUGAGUUCUUUGAUAACGCCUACUUCGGGAUCCAUCGUCAACAAUGUACCUUCAUGGAUCCCAUGCACCGUCUUAUCCUAGAAAGAACAUACGAAGCUCUCAUAGAUGCCGGUGUCAACCCCAUCGAGCUAAGGGGUAGAAGAAUCGGUUGUUUCAUGGCGUCGUCGGUAGGUGAAAACGACAAUCUCUUCUUGGAGUCGGUCAUCAGUGGUUUUGGGGUUACGGGACAUUCGCGUGCCAUGAUGCCAAAUAGGGUUUCAUAUUGGUUGGAUAUUAAAGGUCCGAGUGUGGCCUAUGAUAGUAAUUGGGUUGGCGGUAUUGAGGUUUUGCGAUUGGCUUAUGAAGCGAUCAAAACUGGUCAAUGUGAAGCAGUUAUUAUAGGAACGGCUAAUUUGGCACUGAAUUCGGAAUUCCAGUGGCUGUACAACGACAUGGGUCUUCUAUCACCAGAUGGUACUAACAAGUGCUACGAUGUUGAUGCCCAGGGUUAUGCCAGAAGUGACGGAAUCGUGGUAAUGUACCUACAAAAAUCUAGCGAAGCCCGACGUCACUACGCCACCGUUGUCAACGUGGCAACCCAAUUCGAUGGUGACCGCGAAGGGACUCUUCUCGACAUCGACGCCAACAACAUGGCCGAAUUCAUCAGCGACUUCUACAAACAAACUGACGUGGACCCGAACGAAGUCGAGUUCGUGGAAGCCUACGGUAGCGCUCUUAAAGAAACAGACCGUAAGGAACUCGAGGCUUUAGAAAAAGUCUACUGCAAGAACCGCAAAAAUCCUCUUCUGAUUGGUUCCGUUAAACCCAACACGGGUCACAGCGAAGCCUCCGCCAGUCUUUUCAGCAUAGUGAAAGUUUUAGUAGCUAUGGAAACCGACACGAUACCCGCUACACUACAAUUCAAGACACCCAAUCCAGAAAUUGCGCCUUUGGUCAACGGAAACAUUAAAGUAGUUACGGAAAACCAAAAAUGGGGAGUUAAAUACGCCGCGGUUAACUCAAUCGGGCUCGAUUCUUACUACGGUCACGCUUUGUUGAAAGCAAACCCGAAAAGAAAGGAGACCCUUGAGGUCCAAGACGACAUCCCUAGGUUGAUCCUGGCAUCCACUAGGACCGAAGACGGGAUAAAAGGAAUUUUAGAAACAAUUAAAGCUAGACCGACGAUCGAUCCAGAGUACGUUAAACUGAUUCAAGACCUCUACUCGAAGCCGAUUUCGGGCCAUUUAUACCGAGGCUACACUUUGCUAGGGUUGAAAGAACCGAAGGAAGAAACUGAAUACUUCGUGGGGAACAAGCGCCAAAUUUGGUUCGUGUACGCGGGAAUGGGCAGCCAAUGGUGCGGCAUGGUCAGCGAUUUUAUGAAAUUCCCAGUCUUCGCCAACGCGAUUAACAAAUGCGUUGAAAUUUUGCAACCCAAAGGAGUAGAUUUAAUGCACAUCCUUACCACUUCUGACAAAAAUAUCUUUGAUAACAUUUUACACUCGUUUGUGGGAAUUGCGGCGAUUCAAAUCGGUCUGACUGACGUUCUGAGAGCUAUUGGGAUAGUCCCAGAUGGUAUUAUUGGUCACUCGGUGGGUGAACUGGGUUGUGCCUACGCCGACGGUUGCAUGACCGCCGAAGAAAUGAUUUUAGCCGCUUAUUCCAGAGGGAGAGCCUCGAUUGAAGCUAAUCUGAUCAGAGGGAUGAUGGCCGCUAUAGGAAUGGGCUACAACCAAAUCAAGGAUAAGUGCCCACCUUCCAUCGAAGUCGCGUGUCACAACGGCCCCGACAGCUCAACCCUGUCCGGUCCAACUGAAGAUAUGGAAAAGUUCGUCAAAGAACUCCAAGACCAAGGGAUUUUCGCCCGUCUGGUCAACGUAUCAAACAUUGCUUACCACAGUCGUUACAUUAAACCAGCCGCCCCUAUCCUCCUCAAGUACCUCAAAAAAGUUCUGCCGAAGCCAGUCGCCCGUUCCUCAAAGUGGGUCAGCACUUCCAACCUGGAAGAAAACUGGGAUACGGACUUAGCGAAACACUCGUCGGCUGACUAUCACACUAACAAUCUUUUGAGUUCGGUGUACUUUGAAGAGGGACUGCGUCAGAUCCCGAAGGACUCCAUUUUGAUUGAAAUCGCGCCUCAUGGGUUACUCCAGGCGAUUUUGAAGAGGUCGUUGAAGUCGGGGUGCACCAACGUCCCGCUGACCCAUCGCGGAUCCAAGAGCGGGGUUGAGUUCCUGUUGGGUGCGUUAGGUAAAUUGUAUCUAGCUGGGUUGAACAUGGAAGUUUCUAAGUUAUUCCCGACGGUUGAAUACCCGGUGAGCAGAGGUACCGCGUGUUUGGCGAACUUAGCCCAUUGGGAACACAGCGAGACUUGGAGGACCGGGCUCGAGGAGAAACUCAAGUCGCUGUUUGGUGUCAGAGACUAUCAGGUGACACUCAACAGCGAGGAGUUUAGGGAGUGCGUGGGGCACCAAAUCGAUGAAAAGAUUAUCCUCCCGUGUACGUCUUAUCUGAAUACCAUUUUCGACAUCGUGGCCAGCAUUAGCACCGGUCACAAAGAACUAAUUUUUGAAAACCUUCACUUCAGGAAGGCUUUAACAGUCCCGAAGGUUGGCUCAGUCGCUCUUCACGCCAUGAUCCAGAAAGGAAGCGGCGACUUUGAAGUUUUAGCAGGCACGGAUAUUAUAGUCACUGGAAAACUAACAUUCCCUAACUCUGGUGACAAGUACAUGAUCGACCCUGUUAAAGUAGACGUUAGUCGAGACAACGUUCAACUGUCGGGAAGUGACGUCUACAACGAGUUCCAACACAGAGGUCACAAGUACUCCGGACCCUACAAAUCCAUCAAGAAUCUUACCAUCACUGAAGAUGGGUCCGUCGCGACGGUGCAAUGGGCCAAUAAAUGGACAAUGUUGGUGGAAGCUAUGAUCCAGCAGCACUUGUUCCAAGAUGGCGAACGGUACCAAGAAAUCUACGUACCGAAGAAUAUAUUGAAGAUUGUAAUCAACGAAAAUCUGCUACCCACAGAAAAGAAAGAUCUGGAGGUGCAUUACGACGUUUGGACGGGUUUGAUAACCACAGACGGGAUUCAACUGGUUGGGUUGAAACCGAUUUCGCUUCCGAGGGACCCGAAGCCGAUUUCGUUGGACUCGAUUGAUUUCACGCCUCUUGUGAACCCCACUGUACCGAAUAUCGAAAACGGUAUCAAUAUUGCCGUUCAGCUCAGUCUUGACAACUUCGAAGAGCACAAUAUAAAUAAUAUCAGUGUGAUGGAAGUCGAAAGUGGUAACCCCUCGUUAUUGGAAAGUGUUCAGAAUGUCUGCAACCAGUAUUCCAAACUUAGCCACAAUAUUUCUACCGUCAAGGACCUGACGACGAUCAUCGUACAAAAUUCGUAUCCGUUCCUUCUCGUCUAUAAUGAUGUUUUGACUGAAGACCUGGCCAAAAUUAUUUCGUCGUCGCACGGUUUCUUAUUAGCCCGAACAGGAAAUUUAGGUUCCAACCCCCAUAUUAUUCCAGUGGUUCAGUUCUCCGUUGACGGAGUUAGCUAUUCCAUCUGGCGCAAAAAGAACACCACCACUCCUAAAGUUGUCACCGUAAAAGGAGACACUUUGAGUAUUAAAGACUUGUCCAGAAGCUCUGUUUCUUGGGUUAACGAACUCUACAACGCCGUUGGCGUUGCCAAAGCCAAGAAAACCAGCGUCUUCCUAGUCACGUCAGUGGUUCCAACUGAAGGAAUUAGAAAUUUCGUCGAAGAACUUCUCUCCACUUCGGAGAUGUCCCCAGUUCGGGUUAUCUUCACUCCUGAUAAAAGAAUCGAAGACGUGAGGGUUAAAGACCCUCAAGUACAACAAGCCUUCAACUUGGAUUUGACUCUGUCGGUACUUAGAGAAGGAGUCCUGGGAACUGUUCUCCCAGUACCGGUAAAAAUCAAGGGUAAUAUCCAGAACAACCUGAAUAUAACUAGUGCAGCCAUUCGAAACAAGGUUAUUAAUUACAUUGGGGUUAACCUCAAAGACGAAACUUUAUUACCGGUGUCGGAACGCAAAACCGAACUUGGAAAUGUAGAUUACUCUGGAGUGGUGGCCACCAGUGGCCAAAAGGUUAUGGGUUUGGCGCAACUGGAUAGAGACGAGUGUAAACUCGUCCCUGAUGGUACUCUCUCGUGGGAUGUUCCUGAGGGAUGGAGUCUUGAAGAUGCGGCCACAAUCCCGCACGCUUACGUCAGCGCCUACUACUGUCUUUUCGUCAAAGGUCGCCUGAAAGAUGGUGAGACCGUACUCAUUCAUGCUGGGUGUUCACCCAUAGGGUAUGCCGCGAUUGCGAUCGCGUACCAUCAUGGGUGUCAAGUGUUCACGACCGUGUCAACCGACUGGCAAAGAACUUACCUCAAGAAACAAUUCAGCAAAUUAGACGAUGAGCACAUCUACAGUUCUGACGACGGGAAGUUUGAACCUUUGCUACUAAUGGCAACCGAGGGUGUUGGGGCCCAAGUCAUUAUUAAUAACUUGUCGGGUUCGCUUCUACAAGGUUCCGUUGGGUGUUUGGGGGAGUAUGGAAGGUUGCUCCAGAUCGGGAAAUACGACCUCGAGGAAAAUAACAGUUUCGGGAUGAGCGUCUUCCUGAAGAACACCUCGUUUUACGUGGUCGGUUUAGAAAACGUGUUUUUGGAGCCGAAAGAAAUCAAACAAGAAAUAAGGUCUUUGAUUCAGAAGGGGAUUGAAAGUGGUUGCGUCAAACCGGUGCAGAGGAAAGUGGUGGAACAUCAAGAUGUAGCUGAAAUUUUGAAGUCUUUGGGUAAUCCUGGCAAUAUUGGUAAAAUACUAAUCAAAGUCAACAACAACCUGUCGGUGAACAAGUUCAUUUUGAACAACCCGUCUCAGUUUAUCUGUGAUUCCAAAAAUUCGUACUUGGUUUAUGGUGGUACUUCUGAAAACUGGACUGACGCCGUCGAGUGGCUAAUUUUGCGUGGUGCCCGAAAAAUCGUAGUUUCGUCGGACUCCAAAUCCCAACAAACGUACAUCAAUCGUCGACUUUCCCUUCUCCAGUCGUACUUCGGGGCGAAUAUAAUUUACGCACCACCAAAGGCUCACACAAGAGAAGGCGCAGUCGAAUUACUGAACGAGGUCUACCAUUUGGGACCAAUUCACUGCGUACUAUUAUUACCCAGUAAAACCAACAAUUCACGAAUUAGCGAAACCAAAUCUAUCCAGUACAUCGAUAACGCCUUACGGACAAUAGCACCAAAAGCCAUCCUCAUCAACUUCAUUUCUAACGCCGCUGGAAUCUGUCAGUUCCGGUCAGAAGCCAGUUUCUUAACUUACAACAUCCAGUGGCAGAAAGAUCUAGAGUUUAGCGAAAUCCUAGGAGGUUUGGACCAAAUCCUGAGCUACAAAGUCAAAGACAUAUUCGUGAAGAACGACAAAGUCAGCGAUUCACACCAAGAAACGGCACAGUCCCUAUUUAAAAAACUUAGUCUGCUCCUACCCACGUCUUUACCCGACUUCAUCGAAGAAGUGGAAGACGCUCCUUCUAAACCCGACUUGGUGCAACUACCCACUCUCGGACCGAGAGAAAUGCGCGAAUUGUCUCCCGUAUUUAUAAUCCCAGGACUUGCAGGAACCAAAGAAAUGAUGGACAUGGCAUUCCAACUCUUGUACCCGACGUUCUGUGCGGUCUAUCCUUCAACCCCGAUCUCGAUUAAAGAACUAGCGAAGGAGUUGGUUGAGAAAAUACUAAAAAUUUGGCCUAAAGGCGCCUACAAUAUCAUCGGGGUAUCAUGGGGAGGUCCUCUCAUGGUCGAAGUAGCCCGAAUUUUAGACAAGUUAGGUGCUAGCUUGCACCUUUACUUUGUAGAUGCGGCCCCUGAAACUAUAAAAGCGGCUGUUAAGCAUCUGGGGGAGGGUGCAAACAUGGAAACUAACUUAUUAACCAGAGUGCUGAAAAUUAACGACACGGAAGUUGUCAAGAGCAUAGAGCAAGCACCCGAGUGGAAUGUGCGGCUUAAACUGGCCCUCGAUAGUUAUCAGGGUACUGAGUCUGAUAAAAAGUUACUAGGAGACGGAUUAGUCAACUUGAAGACGCAUCUUCAGAGUGUGAUGUCGUACGAACCGACUGAUGAACUGGUUUCAGGGCAAAUCCACUUGAUUCGACCAUCAGGGUCUAGUAAAUACGACAACUGUGGACUCGUUUCGUAUUGUAAGCAAACUCCACAAAUUCAUUUGGUCAACGGCGAUCACUUAAGCAUUAUAAAUAGCUUAGGCACAACUGAGUACAUCAAUGAGAAGCAUUAUUUGAUAUAGUUAGUGUGUGUGUUUUUUUAUGGCAAAAGGUAAUAAAGGAAUUUGAGCAG